AUGCCUCUCUCUGCUUCAACUGCUGCACGUCGUGUCCACGUCUUGGCAGAGCAUGUCCAGCCAGCUGUCAUUGACGGGAUCAAGGAAGCCAAAUACAUUUCACUGGCUAUUGAUGAGUCCACUGACAACACGGAUAUUUCACAGUUGUGCGUUUUUGUCAGAUACUUUGAUGGCAAAGAUUUCCGUGAGGAGCUGCUGGCAUUGCUUCCGCUGGAGGACAACACCACUGCUGACAUCAUCUUUGGAAAACUGGAGGAUUUUUUUAAAAGCCAUGGAUUGUCCCUGGAUAAAAUCAACCUGACAGUGACAGAUGGUGCACCUGCCAUGAUUGGCAAAAACAAGGGUCUGGUGAGCAGAAUAAAGACUGUCGCUCCUAAAACUAACGCACUUCACUGUAUUAUCCAUCAAAGCGUGCUGUGUGCAAAGCUAAGCGGGGAGCUCAAAGAGGUGAUGGAGAAAACAAUGAAAAUUAUUAACCACAUCAGAGGAAAUUCAAGCACGCAGCAAAUUUGUGCUGGAAUCCCAGGCUUCUCAUGAUGACCUGUUACUCCACAAUGACGUGUGCUGGCUCAGUAAGGGCAAAGCACUGCAGCGCUUCGUUGAACUCCGUGCCCAAGUAGUGGAUUUUUUGAAACAAAGUAAAUCAAAAGCGGCAGCUGACCAUCUCCGCAUCAUGCAAGACAGAGAAUACAUGUGCAACGUUGCGUUUUUAACAGACAUUUUCUCCCAUUUGAAUACACUUAAUCUCCAGCUGCAAGGAAAAGAAAAAUCAGUGGUGGAUUUGGUGGAAAAACUUGAUGCCUUUGGGAACAAACUUGAUCUGUUCCAUGCAGAUUUGUUGUCAGAGAGGCUGCUGCACUUCAACACACUGAAGAUGGUGGGAGAAAGCAACGUAACUCUCCAUGGUGCUGAAAGCCUGAGCACAUUCUGUUCUAUUGGGAUAAUAUGAGUCCUUUCAGAUAAGCUGGAGUUUGGUCAUUGAGCUCUUUGUAUGUGAGGAGAAGGAUUUUAGAUGCUGUUCUGGAUGUUACGCUGAAGAAAAGCUAAUAUAGGAUAAAUAUAGUUUCAUGCUACCUCUUACAUCAGUACUAUAGCUGUAGCAUUUCAAAUCUACUGAAAGUUGCCCAGACAUGAAGUAAUAAAUGUGGUUUCAUGGUUCAUGUGCUUUGGCGUAUGAUAAUUUUCACUAGAAGUCUGAUACUUUUCCCCGUCCUAAUUAUUAUUCUCAGUAAAACACCCAAAGUCAGCAACAGCAAUUUUUAAAAUCACUGAAUACAAGAAGCUCAACAUUAACUUUUCACACCAGCUGAGACAGU